UGCUUCAAUUGAGCUGAAUUUUUUACUGUAACCCGCCUACAUAUGACUUUUCGAACCCUCUAAGCAGAAUACCCUCUUUGAAUGAGUGUAAUCAGUUUCGUACCUUUUAAUUCCGCCCUAUGUAACAUGUAAAAAAAAAAAGUUUUUUUUCUGAUUGAAAAAAACACAUUUCUUCAUAUAUUUUUGGAAAUUUUGCUAAAAUUUAGGGAGAUCGUCCCUAAAACUCGCCAAUAUCUUGAAUUUCAUCAACUUGACGCAAAACCUGCAUUCAGAUGAUCGAAUGGUAUUAUAUUCAGCUUUUAAUUUAUGGAAAAAGAUUGAAAAUUGAUUGAACAAAAGGCAAGAUAUUUAAAUUUUAGUAAAUUUCAUAUUUUAAAAAGUUGUAAAACUCAAUAUUGAGCUAAAACUCGAAAACUGUUCUAAGGUCAGUUUCGAAAUCAGCGCUAAACUGUGCUUCAAAAAUAUUGGUCAUUGACAAAAGUUCACGACUUUCGUUUUUUUUUUGUAAACUAGUGUAUUCUGUUGAAAAAAAUUUGAAGAACCUACAUUCAUUUUCAUAAUCUGCUGGUUCAGACAUAGCGCGUGGACGUAUGUAUAUGCAAUACAUCAUGGUGAACGAUAAAUUGAAAGGGCUUAAUUGUAAAAGCUCCAACUUGUAGCAGCAUAUUAUGUCAAAUCAGUAAGCUUGGAAUGAGAAUGAAAACAUAUUUAUCAGCUGUUUUAUAUAUGGCUCUGCAGUUGUGUUUGGAAGCAGGAAAAGGCAAGUAGAAACUCUGUUCAAAUUUUGUCGUCUAUCAGAUUCUGUAAAUUAAGGGACGACAAAUUUUAUAACAAGUUUUUUUUUAUUCUGAUUAGAAAUUUUCACAGAAGCCUUGGAAAGCCGAUGUUGAAACUGUUUCAAAUUAGUUAAACUGACAAUAAGGUGGUUUAAAAAUUAGAAAUGGAUUCGAUGGCAAUGAAAGAAGAAACUGAUGUUGCUAAGGACACGCAUCGAAUUUGUAGACUGUGUUUGAAUAUAGAUUCUCUGGAGGAUGUAUUCAAGGAAGAAGGCCUGCAUCAAUGGAUAUCGGAGUAUCUUUCAAUCACGAUAUCAUCUGAGGAUUCUUUGAGCCACGCUGUUUGUGCUGUUUGUCGUGUACGGUUAACCGAAUUUCAUCAGUUUCACAUGCACUGCCACGAAGUGCAAGAUGAGCUACAAUCUCGGAAUCAAAACGAAGUUUUCAGUCGAAUGGAGGCUAAUAGGGAUCUUUCGACAUUCAACUCUCAUUUGAAACUGCAAAUGGCGCCCCACCAUAACUGUGACCCUCAAUAUACACCGAUUUCGAAAAAUUCAACCAAGACUUUUGUCCCAAAUCCUACAGUGAAUGAGCCAAUGACUGAUUUAGAGGACAUGAUAGAUAUAGGAGACGUAAAAAUUGAACCCCGUUCCGAUGAUGAUGUGGGAAUUUCAGAUGAAUUGAUAGAUCAGUCGUCUAAACUGUCGAGUGAAUUUGAUAACGAUAACACCAAAGAUUCGAAAGAAACGCCGAAGGCAAGACGGGACAAAACUGUCCCGUGCAAUAUAUGCCAUAAGAAAUACAGAAACAAACUGCUUCUUUGGUCUCACAACCGAACAGCUCAUGGACCGAAAAAUUAUAAAUGCAAAAUUUGCGGAAAUCAAUUUGCCCAUCGACCCGAUUUGGACAGACAUAAUCGCACCAAGAGACAUUUGGCCAAAUUGCAAAAACAUGUAGAAGAACAAGAAUUAAACAAGAAUGACAGUCCGUUGAAAGAGACCAAAGGAGCAGAAUACUCUUGUCCAACCUGUAACAAAAAGUUCAACCGACAAUGUCAGUUUAAAUCUCACGUGAAAAGUCACGAUACCGAAAUUGAAGACAAGCAAUCAAGUGACGUGGAGGAAACAGAGUCUGAAGACAUGGAUUCGGAUAACAACACGCCUAAAUCUAGCACUGAAAAACCAUCAGAACCCAAAGAAAAUAAAGUUUACAAACCAUGGAAAUGUAACGAAUGUCGUAAUUCAUACUCUGACGAAGCGCAGUUGAGACGUCACAAAAUAUUUCAUAAACCGAAGAAACGAAAGUGUCCAAUAUGCGAGAAACCAUUUCGCCAUUUAUCCACAAUGGAAAAGCACAUUCCGACCCAUAACGCGGCUCGCAAAUGGCCCAGAACCCCAACAGCAGCGGCAGAAGAAAAGAAGGAAGAAAGACCACACAAGUGCGACAUCUGUCAAAAAACGUUCAAGGCGAUGAGUGCCAUUUACUGUCAUAAAAUACAAGUGCAUGGUCCAAAAGUUCAUGGUUGUCACAUUUGUGACUUCAAAUUCUCAACGCGGAAAAAUCUGGUACGGCAUAUACAGAGGCAUUACCGUUCAAAUGCUGAAAUGUAUUAAAUAUUGUAAAUUCAGAACAAUAAACUAUAAAAAUUGUAAAAAUAAAUGCUAAGCAGUAAAAUAAAAAAAAAACAUACGAAUAUUAAAUAAUAGGCAUGCACGAAAA